GGAAGGGGAGGUGGAGUUUCCAAGAGGGAACUUGACCCGUUAGCAGCCGCGGCCAUGGCGGCGCGCUCGCCUCCCUCCCCGCUCCCUCCGCCCCCAGCGCGACAGUUGGGUCCCUGGUCCCCACGUGUUGGGCGGGGAGCUGUGGUACACGCAGUGCGCAGCGAGGCCUCGGGUCUUGCGAAUGCUGUGCGGGAGGGCAUCGUGGACAAAAACGAUAUAUGCUGGCGGGGCGAAGAAGGGUCAGGGGGCCGGCGAGGGCCAGGGGGGGCAGCUCCGGCUCAGGCUCCCCUCCUCAGCUCGCCCAUGGGGUCCAAGCGACUAGAGGGCAUCUCGGUAGAGGAGGCGAUGGUGACCCGGACGCAGCUGCUGGAGGAAGAGCUGAGCAGCCUAAAGGAGGAGCUGGCCCUGUGUCAGGCUGAUAAAGAAUUUGUAUGGUCUCUGUGGAAACGUCUCCAGGUGACAAACCCAGAUCUCACACAAGCAGUCAGUUUGGUUGUAGAACGAGAAAAACAGAAAUCUGAAGCUAAAGACAGAAAAGUUUUAGAAAUUCUGCAAGUGAAGGAUGCUAAAAUACAAGAAUUGGAACAGAGAGAAACAGGACUAAAAAAGGAAAUAAAUGACCUUGUAAAACGGAAGAUUGCAGUUGAUGAAGAAAACGUUUUCUUAAGGAAAGAAUUCAGCGACUUGCAGAAGAAAUUUAAAGAUAAAAGUCAGGAAGCUAAGGACACUAAGGAGCGUGUACAGAAUAAGGAAGAGCAAAACAGACUGGUUAUAAAAACUCUGGAGGAGGAAAAUGAGAAAUUAAGUACCCGCUGCGCUGACCUGCUAAAUGACCUGGAGAAACUGAGGAAGCAAGAAGCACAUUGGAGAAAAGAAAAAUAUAGCACUGAUGCAAAAAUAAAGGCCUUUGAAGAUGAUUUAAUUGAAGCAAGAAAAGAAAUUGAAGUAUCACAGAGUAAAUAUAAUGCUGUGUCAUUACAGUUGAAUAAUAAACAGACUGAACUUAUCCAGAAGGAUAUGGAUAUUACCCUUGUCAGGAAGGAGUUGCAGGAGCUGCAGAACCUAUACAAACAGAACAGUGCACACACAGCACAGCAAGCGGAGCUGAUCCAGCAGCUCCAGGUUCUGAACAUGGACACACAGAAAGUACUGAGGAAUCAGGAAGACGUCCACACAGCCGAAAGCAUAUCAUAUCAAAAACUUUACAAUGAGUUACAUAUUUGCUUUGAAACCACAAAAUCAAGUGAAGCUAUGCUCCGGCAAAGUGUUGUUAGUCUUCAAGAUCAGCUAUUUCAAAAAGAGCAAGAAAAUGCUAAAUUAAAAGAAAAGCUUCAGGAAUCACAAGGAGCACCCUAUCCUUUACCUCAAGAAAGUGAUUCAGAGCACUCAGAACAGGUAUCUCAACGGCCAUCUUUAUCGAGCUUAGAAACUUUAAUGGUCUCACAGAAGUCUGAAAUCGAGUAUUUACAGGAAAAACUAAAAAUAGCAAAUGAAAAACUCUCAGAGAACAAAUCUACCAACAAGGAUUCCUCAGAGAAGGGCAUCUGGACAAGUACUGAAGGAAAACAUAAGGAACCACCUGUGAAACGUUCAAGGUCUUUGUCCCCAAAGAGUUCUUUCACAGACUCAGAGGAGCUGAGGAAGCUGAGGAAAGCUGAAAGAAAGAUUGAAAACUUAGAGAAGGCGCUACAACUAAAGAGCCAAGAAAAUGAUGAGCUAAGAGAUGCCCAUGAAAAACGCAAGGAAAGGCUACAGAUGUUACAGACCAACUACAGAGCAGUAAAAGAGCAAUUAAAACAGUGGGAAGAAGGCAGUGGCAUGACUCCUAUCAGAAAAAUAAAGAGAGCAGAUCCCCAACAACUUCGCCAAGAAGAUUCUGAUGCUGUGUGGAAUGAACUGGCCUAUUUCAAAAGGGAGAACCAGGAGCUAAUGAUUCAAAAGAUGAAUCUUCAAGAAGAAUUGGAUAAACUUAAAGUACGUAUAUCUAUUGAUAAGGCAACAAUACGAGAAUUGAACACAUGUAUGGCAGAGAAAAGAGAAGAACAACUCUGUGGAUAUGGUGAAGAUGAUGGGGUCAAGAAGAGUACUCCAGAGAAGAAUGGGAAAGAAAUGUCGGAGCAGACAUGGCAGAAGGUCAUUGAAUUGGAAAGUCGGCUAAAAUCUUUUGAGAAAAGGUCAAGAAAAUUAAAAGAAGGGAAUAAAAAAUUAAUGAAAGAAAAUGACUUCCUGCAAUCACUCUUAAAGCAGCAACAGGAAGAUGCAGAGGACAGGGAAAAAGAGCUAGAACAGCUACAAAGGGGGAGUAAAGAAGUAGAAAAAGAUAAAGCUGGACUUCAAGUAAAAAUCAGUGAGCUGGAGAGAGAAGUCACUUCCCUAAGGAGACAAGUGGCAGAAGCUAAUGGUUUGAGAAAUGAAAAUGAAGAGCUGAAGAAUUCAAUGGAGAAACUGCAGCAAUUAGCAGACAAAGCUAAAUCUGAGAUGGCCACCACGGAAGUGAGGUCUGGACAAUAUGAUUGUAAGACAACCACUACCAAGGUUAAAUUUAAAGCCGCCAAGAAAAAGUGCCCCGUGGGCCGUUACCACACUGUUCUCAAUCACUCCAUCAAGGUUAUGAGCAAUGUGUUUGAGAACCUCAGCAAGGACGGCUGGGAGGAUGUGAGUGAAAGCAGCAGUGAUCCCGAAGCACAGACCUCUCAAAAUUUAGGAACAAUUAUUGUAGAAACAUCCCAGAAAAUAAGUUCUAUAGAAGAUGGAAGAGACCAGAAACAAAGUGACCAAACAGAAGGUAGCCAAACGCAAGGAAAAGAAAUGGUACGAAUAUAUUCAAACACAGAUGGCAAGACCACAAAGGAUUAUUUUCAUUGCAAGAAUGCCAGAAAGCUAACUUUUCAAAAGAAGAAUGGCAAUAUACAAAAGAGUUCUCAUACAACAGUUCCUACCAGAGUUAACAGAGAAAAGUGGAAAAAUAUAACUUCCCAGAAGUCAAAUAGCAAUAUUAUUUUAUUACGAGAACGUAUUGUAUCUUUACAACAACAAAACAGCAUACUUCAUAAUGCCAAAAAAACAGCGGAAUUGUCUGUAAAAGAAUAUAAAGAAAUAAAUGAAAAACUCCUUCAGCAGCAACAAGUAUCUGAUCAACGAUAUCAGACAAGCAGACAGACAAUAAAGAAGCUAAAUUUGGAUUUGGCUGACCUUCGGAAGGAAAAAGAAGACUUACUGAAGAAAUUAGAGUCCUCAUCUGAAAUCACAAGUUUGGCAGAAGAAGUUUCCCGAGUAAUAGUUCCACGGAUACAAGUUACAUCACUUGGUCCUUCAAGGAGCAUGGAUUUGGAGAUGAAGCAAUUGCAGUGUAAACUAAAGAAUGCAACUAAUGAGCUCACUAAACAGUCCUCAAAUGUGAAGUCUCUGAAAUUUGAACUCCUAGCAAAAGAAGAACACAUAAAGGAAAUGCAUGAAAAGAUAUCUCGAAUGGAGAGGGAUAUAACCAUGAAAAGACAUUUGAUAGAGGACUUGAAAUUUCGACAGAAAGUAAAUUUGGAAAGUAAUGAGAGUAUUAAUGAAAUGUUAGAAAAUCUUGAAAAAAAGGUGAAGACACUAACUGAAGAGUGUUCCAACAGGAAGGUGUCAAUUGAUUCACUAAAACAGAGACUCAGUGUUGCUGUAAAGGAGAAGUCACAGUUUGAACAGAUGUAUCAAAAAACUAAAGAGGAAUUAGAAAAAAAGGAUGUCAAGCUUGGUCUCCUAGUAUCAAAAAUAAGUGAGACCGAAUCUGCAAUGGCAGAAAUUGAAACAGCAGCAUCCAAGCAUCUUCAAGGAUUAGCACUGAAAAGUGAGCAGGCCCUAGAAGGUGCACAAAAGAAGUUGCUCUUAGCCAAUGAGAAAGUGGAGGAGUUCACCAUCUUUGUGAAGGCUUUGGUCAAGGAAUUACAAAAUGAUGUCUAUGAAAUAAGGCAACAAAUCAGAGAGCGUAAAAAAAUGCAGAAAAACAGGGAUGCUUGCAGAACUUCAACCCAUAAAGCCCAGACGUUGGCAGCUUCUAUUCUCAACAUUUCACGGUCAGAUCUAGAGGAAAUAUUAGAUACAGAAGAUGAAAUGGAAAUAGAAAGGACGAAGAUAGAUGCAGAAAAUGAUCGGGAAUGGCUGUUGUACAUUCAGAAACUUCUUGAAGGACAGCUUCCUUUUGCCUCAUAUUUGCUAGAAGCAGUACUGGAGAAAAUAAAUGAAAGAAAGAAACUAGUUGAAGGAUAUUUCACAAUUAUGAAAGAUAUUAGAUGAUAUUAUGAUGAAGAACUUUUUUUCAAAUGUGAAAACUUUUUGUGCGGUGGGACUGGAGAAAUGCAUUGCAAUCCUGAUACAGUAUCUGCUCCAACUAUCAAUAGUCAGGUUCAAUACCAAAAUAAGAAGUCUCUGAAACUAAUUAAUUGCUGAACAAGUGAAACUAAUUAAGUACACAGCCAUUUUAAAGGAAAUAGUGUAGCAUUUGAUUGUUGAAUACAAAUAUUGCCACAAAUCAAUGCAAACUUAAAAAUGAUUUUCCUUCCAGUGCAGUAGAAGAAAUUAGAACAAGCUUGGACACACAAAUUGGCCUGAAUAUAAGAAGACAAAGGUGUAAACUGAGGACUUAAUGUUUUAAGUUUUGUAAGAAACUAGACCAUUUACAUAAAACCAGUAUAAAAGGCCUUAAAUCAUCCAAUGAAGAGCAAUUUGUUUUAUUGGCAAAUAUAAAACGAAGCAUCAUAUCUUAAGGAUGAGAAUUUAAUGAAAUAAAUUGUGUGGUCCAAUUAUAUCUGUUCUCAAUAUACUGGAUUAUGUAAGAGACACUGUAUUUUCCUAGAACUACUUGGCAAAAAUAAAAACAUUUUCUCCUUUUC